ACAAUAUAAACAAACAUGGCUACUCGAUUGAUAAAUAGUCUUGUUAAUCAAGUCAAAAGUAAAGAAUUUCGCACUUACUUAUGCAGCACUCACUUCUGGGGUCCUGUUGCCAAUUGGGGCAUUCCAAUAGCAGCUAUAGCAGACAUAAAAAAGGAUCCCUCAAUGAUAAGUGGAAAAAUGACUUUAGCUUUGUGUAUAUAUUCUCUGUUGUUCAUGAGAUUUGCAUGGAAAGUUCAACCUCGUAAUUUGCUAUUAUUUGCUUGCCAUUUUACAAAUGAAGCUGCUCAAAUUACACAAGGUUGCAGACUUGUUAAACAUGAAUACUUGAGUAACCCUGCAUAAAGUUCUUAUCAUAUAGCAGAGGAUUAUCUGAUCAAUCCAGAAAUGCUUUCUUUCUGAUGUAAAAUGACAUAAUUUAUACAUAUAGAGCCUGAUUAUGGCAUUAUGCCUUUUUCUGACUUAGGGUGGUAUUGUUUUCAGGACUCUCAAUCAUUUGAAAAGCAAUGUAAUAUUUAUGAUUUGUAUGAAUGUGUACACUCCCUCCUCUGCAUAUAUUCCAUUUUAAAUUAAUCUUUUUCUGGGUGCAAAAUUAAAAUUUGUUUUAUAAUAUAAAAAUAUAUCAUGAAGUAUAAUAAAUCAGUAUGCAUAUUGUAAAAAUUACUCUUAACUAAUUAAACCCAUGAAUAAACUGCAUAGAUCAAAGGAUUAUCCAUUGUUUUGUACUUCAAAGUAAAAUUUAGAAACAUUUGAGCCAUUAAGUGAUAAAUUAUUCACUGCAGUUCAACUGAUGAUUUUUUUCGGUUUUGAGUUUCGGAGUUCCUCUUAAUCUGGUCUUAUAUGUAUAAGUUGUGUACAUAAUGCUGGCUGGCUGGCAGGACUGAUAGAAAAAAUAAUGUACAUCUUCUGCUUUGUAUAAAUCCUUGUCCAUUGUUCAAUUAAAAAACAAAAAAUGUAAAUAAGUUAUUAGUUGUUUCUGAAAAUAUAAGGUAGAUAUUUGUGCAAUAUGAAAUUAAAUAUCUCAAUGAUUAUUUAUGAAUGUUUAAAUACUGAUACAUAGUUAUAUGAAUGAAUAAAUAAGUGAAGAAAUAUGAAUAAGUAUGUGUAUUUAUAAAAUUCUACACAGGCACUUAACCUAAGUUUCAUAUAAAU